AGCUAUGUUGUUCAUUAUGCCGCUACAGCAGACGACCACGGAACAGCAGUGCAGCGGCGGCGUCCACUGCGAAGCAUUCGAUCGGAGAUGCGCGUUCAACAUGAGAGGCAGUCGUGACUGCGAACCGCGUCAAUUAGGGUUUGCAGACGAAAUCCCUAAAUUACCCCAAUGUUUUGUUUGGUUUUUAAGGGUUCAAUUUAUUUUUAAGUGACCUUAUUUGAUCUUCUUCUCGAGCGCGAACAAUUCUUGCAUUCUUCUGCAAGCACAGAGCUCUGUUUUUCUUCUUCGUCGAACACGAGGCUCUCCAUUCUUCUCCGUCCUUUGCAAACCCAAGCCCUCUGCUCUUCUCCUUCUUCCACAAACCAAGAAGAAUGAAGUUACUGUGAGCCAAAACAUAAGCCACGUUGUCCUCUAAACAAUGAAAUCGUGGAAGGUGCCAAAGCUUACUCCAUCUAUACAAGGUUCAAUUUUCCAGUCAUUUAGCAUAUCUAAGAUUUCAGAGCUGUUGGGUAAACAGCACUGGUCAGAGCUCAAACCUCAUCUAAGAGUGACCAAACCUGCAACAUUUCUAGAUCAAUUACUUAAUGCUGGAGUCGAUUCAGAACUUGUUCUUAGGUUCUUUAAGUGGUCUCAGAAAGAGUUCAGACUUUCAUAUGAUCUUGAAGCAACUGCCAAAGUUUUACAUUCUCUAGCACAUUCAAAAAGGUACCCUAAAGUCAGGUCAUUUUUGGAUUACCUUGUUAAAAAUGAGAAACAUACGGUUUCUUCUAUUUUUCACUCACUUUUGUUGGGUGGUGGUCCCUCGGGUGCUACUGCUCUCAUAAUUGAUAUGUUGGUACUAGCGUACGUGAGAAAUUUAGAGUUGCAGUCUGCAUAUGAAGCGUUUAGGCGAGCUCAAGAUUAUCGAUUUAAAUUAUCGCUGACUUCGUGCAAUCCCUUGUUGAGUGCUCUUGUGAAGGAGAAUAAAAUUGGUGAUAUGGAAUAUGUGUACAACGAGAUGAUGAAGAGAAGUAUUCACCCUGACUUGAACACAUUUAACAUUUUCAUUAAUGGUCUUUGUAGAGCUGGUAAGUUGAAUAAGGCGGAGGAUGUUAUUGAAGACAUGAAGGCAUGGGGGCUUUCACCGAACGUAGUUACUUAUAAUACUCUUGUUGAUGGCCAUUGCAAGAGGGGAAGUGCUGGAAAAAUGUACAAAGCUGAAGGUAUUAUGAAGGAAAUGCUUGCCAAUAAAGUUUGUCCAAAUGAAGUUACCUUUAACACUCUUAUUGAUGGGUUUUGUAAGGAUGAGAAUGUAUUGGCUGCAAAGAAGGCUUUUGAAGAGAUGCCAAGGCAGGGAUUAAAACCUAAUGCAAUUACUUAUAACUCGUUGAUAAAUGGUCUGUGUAAUAACGGUAAGCUAGACGAGGCUAUUGAUUUGUGGGAUAAAAUGGUUGGCUUGGGUUUGAAGCCAAAUAUUGUAACUUAUAAUGCUCUUAUUAACGGGUUUUGUAAAAAGAAGAUGAUGAAGGAAGCAAGAAUUCUUUUUGAUGAUAUAACUAAGCAAGAGUUGGUUCCCAAUGCUAUAACAUUCAAUACAUUGAUUGACGCAUAUUGUAAGGAAGGGAUGAUGGAGGAAGGAUUUGCACUGUGUAGUUCAAUGCUUGAUGACGGGAUUUCGCCUAAUGUUUCAACCUAUAAUUGCUUAAUUGCAGGCAUGUGCAGAAAACAGAACAUCCAGGCUGCCAAGGAGCUUCUUAAUGAAAUGGAGAACAGGGGUUUAAAACGUGAUGUUGUAACAUAUAACAUCUUGAUAGAUGGAUUGUGCAAAGUCGGCGAAUCAAGAAAUGCAGAAAAGUUACUUAAUGAAAUGUUCAAGCUUGGUUUGAAACUUAAUCAUGUGACAUAUAAUACUUUGAUGGAUGGCUAUUGUAUGGAAGGCAAACUCAAGGCGGCAUUGAAUGUGAGGGCGCGUAUGGAGAAAGAAGGAAAGCGGCCAAAUGUUGUUACUUAUAAUGUGUUGAUUAAAGGAUAUUGUAAAAUUGACAAGCUAGAUGCUGCAAAUAGGCUUCUAAAUGAGAUGUUGGAAAAGGGUUUGAACCCAAACCGUACUACCUAUGAUAUAGUAAGAAUGGAAAUGUUGGAGAAAGGCUUUAUUCCAGACAUAGAAGGACACUUGUAUAAUAUCUCUAGCAUGUCUUAAGCCUUAACAAGAACUUGAGAUAGAUGGGAUUUUCGUUAUCAGUGUAUUAUCUACUGUUUAGAGUAGAGCUUCAUAAAAUAUUAACAAGAUAAAUAUCAAGUUGUACAAAUCUUGUUUUUAGCUGCAUUUUCUGUGCAAGUGUAACACAAGUCUGCCAUCUUGUAUUGUUGGCAUUUCCAUUACAUACACAUUUGUUGUAUACAAUUAGUUUAUUAUGUUUUA